UUGCUAUUAUACGUAAACAGUGCCCAAUUUUUUAAGUUCAGCGUUGAAGCUAACACCAAUGAUCAGAAGCCCACACCAGAAAAUACUGCUACAGCUUCAUCCUCACCCCCCGCUGAUAAUAAGCAACUUGAAGAACUCACUCACAAAAACCUCGCACUCCUAAAGGAGAAACACGAUUUUGAGGAUAAGUAUAAGAGAGCAUUAGCUGAAGCGGAAAAUGUAAGGAAACGAAUGCUUCGACAGGUUGAGGAGGCGAAAAUUUUCGGAAUCCAAUCUUUCUGCAAAGAUCUCUUAGAAGUUGCCGAUAUUCUCGGCAAAGCGAUCGAAGCUGCCCCUGAAGACCAACUUAAAAAUGGUGUCAAUCCACAUUUUCUAAAUCUUUACGAGGGAUUGAAAAUGACUGACGCUCAGUUGCUCAAGGUUUUUGGAAAGCAUCAUUUGCAUAAAAUUGCUCCUGCUAUUGGUGAUGUCUUCAACCCAAAUGUUCAUGAGGCCAUGUUCACCGUUCCUGUUUCAGGUAAUAAUAAACCCAACACGAUUGCUGUCGUUCAGAAGGUGGGGUACAGUCUUCAAGAACGAACACUUCGUCCCGCUUUUGUUGGAGUAUUUGCAGCCCAGUAA